GCUAGCCAAUCACUGCAAGGGAGGCGAGGUUUAUUUUAUUUUUUUUGCGUACUUGUGGAGAGACACCUUCGCCACCCGGAAGUAGUGUAAGUCGAGUGAUUUCACUUUAACAAUGAGCUCUGAAAGUUUAACUCUCCAGAGCAAGGCUCGACUUUUGCUGCGGGUGUUAAAAUACAGCUCGCGCGGAGAACAAACAUAUUUUUAUCCAUCACUUCCGGCAAAGAGGCUCCACACACAGCCGGUUCUGCGAUGCACGUGCACAGGAGGGUCGCGGGGGUCACAUUACAUCACCACCCCGAUCUUCUACGUGAACGCCUCUCCUCACAUCGGACACGUUUAUUCCGCCGUGACAGCAGACUGCUUCCACAGAUACAGACUCCUGCAGGGCUUUCAGUCCAGACUCUCUACAGGCACUGAUGAACAUGGGCUGAAAAUCCAACAGGCGGCCAGCACGGCUGGUAAAGAGCCGCUGCAUUUCUGCACCGAGGUAUCAGAGCGGUUUCGUGAUGUGUUCAGGAGCUGUAAUAUCGCGUACACAGACUUUGUGCGGACGACAGAGGACAGACACAGACGGGCGGUGGAACAUUUCUGGGCCAAGCUGCUCGAUAAAGGCUUCAUCUAUAAAGGCACUUAUGAAGGCUGGUACUCCACACCAGACGAGAGCUUUCUGGCACCCAGCCAGGUGACCGAGAGCACAGACUCCACGGGCAGAGAGAUCAAAAUCUCCACCGAGAGCGGACACAAGGUGGAGUGGAUGCAGGAGCACAACUAUCUGUUCCGCCUCUCUGAUUUCCGAACCAGGCUCCAGGAGUGGUUAAGGUCAAACCCCAAAGCCAUUCAGCCAGAGAAGUUUUACCAUCUUGUGCUUCAGUGGUUGGAGAGCGAGCUACCUGAUUUAUCUGUGUCGCGACAGAGAAGCCGUCUGCAGUGGGGCAUUCCGGUUCCUGGAGAUCCCGAACAAACGAUCUACGUGUGGCUGGACGCUUUAGUGAACUACCUGACUGUUGCGGGUUAUCCAGAGGAAUACUCGCAGUGGUGGAACGUCGUCCAUCACGUCAUAGGCAAAGAUAUUUUGAAGUUCCAUGCUAUAUAUUGGCCAGCGUUUCUCUUGGCCGCGGAACUGCCCCUUCCUCAGGCCAUAUACGUGCACUCGCAUUGGACGGUGCAGGGAAAGAAGAUGUCCAAGAGUCUCGGAAACGUAGUAGAUCCAAUCAAGAGCUCGCAAAGGUUCACAGUGGAUGGGCUGAGAUAUUUUCUUCUCAGACAAGGGGUUCCGGAUAUUGACUGUGACUAUGACGAUGACAAGGUGGUGAAGUUGUGCAAUAGCGAACUGGCCGACUCUCUCGGUGGUCUUCUCAACCGCUGCACUGCACCCUCCCUCAACCCGGAGCAGGUUUAUCCUCCGUUCUGCAACAUCUCCUUUCCAAAAGAGUCCAGCGGAAGAGCGGUGUCAGAGGAUUACAAAAUGGUGGAGGCCGUUUCAGGGCUUCCUGCUUUGAUGAAGCAGAACUUUGACAACCUGCUCAUGUAUAAAGCACUGGAAGCCAUCAGCACGUGCGUACGUCUGACCAACAGCUUCGUCCAAAGACAUGCGCCGUGGAAGCUCGACUGCACUGACACCAAGGAUAAACUCUGGCAUGACACCAUACUGCAUGUGUGUAUGGAGUGUCUCAGGAUCUACGGCAUUCUCCUGCAGCCCGCUGUGCCUGUGCUAGCAGAUAAAAUCCUGUCCAGGCUGGGGGUGAGGUCUGAUGAGAGGAGCUGGGAUAAUACACUCGAUUUCCUGUCAAAGUAUGAAGGAAGACAUUGUCCUUAUGAAGGAAGAGCGCUAGGUCCAGACACUGGGGUCCUUUACAGUCGUAUUGAGAGGAACAAACCAAACCAAAAGGCAGAAAAUGACCAAACAAACAAAAAGACAAGGUCUAAGUAAAUUAAAGAUUCUAAUAUCUCACCAUACAUUUUGAGGAAAGGAAUAUACUAUAGUACUGUAAAAGUUUAAAACCUGAAACACUAAAGGUGGACUGCAGGAAAGUAUAUAUGGUGAUAUACAAUAGCGCAUGCAGUUAAGUUCUAAACGUGGCUCAAAUGUGAUGUCUACUGAGUUAUAACCAUCCUGAUAGUUCAGCAUACAUCAUUUUCCCCCAAACAUAGUCAAUCAGCCAAGACGUGUUCAGAACUCUAAGCUCAUGUUUCUGAGAGGAGGGCCUUUUAGAGUAAUCAUUCAAUCACUCAUAUUUAGUAACCGCUUUAUCCUGCUCAGGGUCACAGUGGGUCCAGAGCCUAUCCAGGGAAUACACCCUUACUUCACAGGGCACCAUACACACACAUUCACACACACAUUCACAUCUAGGGGUAAUUUAGAGUCACCAAUCCACCUCGGAGGAACUCGGAGGAAACCCGUACAAACACAAGGAGAACAAACAGUAACUCGAGCUCACCCUAUGUUAUAAACCAUAAGUAUCUAAUAACAAUUAGGAAACUUUGAUUGGAAGCAGCACGUUAGAUGUGAAAAUUGUAAAAUGUUAGAUAUUUUCCCCCUCCCAUUCAGUGUUAAAUUAAUUUAUAAUUACAUUCAUUAGUUUUAAAAUGCAACGUCACUUUCACUUGUAGUUAGCAAUCCUAUGUAUCAUGGUAUGUAUCGCAACAUAGAAACGUCUUUAAAUAUAGUGAUGCUUUUGUCAUAUUGCCUGACCUUACUAGUAAACAAGGAGAGGUUAGAGCUACACGUUUACCAUCAAGAAGACGUCGCUUUGCUCAGCAACACCUUAUAAAAGAGCAGUAUUUCAGAAAUAUUAUCAUUCAGUCAUGAUUCUACCAUUAUUCUUUGGGCAACGCUCCCUGCUGGAGUCUGAUGUUUGCGUGAUGCCAAACUACGAGAAGGACUCAGUAGUAGCUUCAGUCUUGAGGCCAAAUCAGUUUUUAGUUCCAUGGACAUACAGUCAUCUGUGUGUAAUGAUUUAGGCAUGCAUUUCACACACACUGCUAACCUGGUAGCUAUAAGCUUAACAUUGUCUCCACUGGAAAUAAGAAAUAUUUAAAAAAAAAAAAAAAAAAAAAAAAAAAGACAUCUUGGCAAUUGACUACACUUUGGGUAAAAUCUAAUUGUCUGUCUAUCAGCUCCACUGAGAUUUAAAGAGCAGUCCAACUCUGAGGAGGCUGCUCCUGAUUGUACCCAAUGACAAGUUCAUUUGGGAAUAUUUUUGUUUUAUGGAUAACGUGUAUUAUAAUGAUUGCUGUAGUACAGUGUGUUGGUGCAGCGGUGUGCGAGUUCAGUCAUGAUGCCUUUUUCUUCUUCUUCUUCUUGCACUUUUCAGAGUCUGGGACAAGAUCUAAAAAUUGACAUGACUUUUUUAAUGAGAAUACACGAAACUGAAAAAUUGUACAAAGUAAAAUAAAAUAAAAAAACACUGCAUUACUCUCAUCAUUUCAUGUCUUUUUUUUUUUUUUUUUUUUUUUUUUUUUUUU